AGCUCCAACCUGGGAAACAGGAAAUAACCAUACACCCAAGUCAAAGGAGGACUAGGACAUCAACAAAAAAGCCUCAGCAGUUAUCAGAGUCAUCCGGCACCACUAGCAUUCAGUCAGUUACUUUACACCAACAACAUGCUGCAUCUAAAUCCAAGUGUCAAGCUGUGAGUUUUAACCCACCACAGCAUCAUGGGCUCCCACCCAAGGUUCAUCGCCUUCCUCAGUCUGUGGAGACAUCACAUACACGUGUCAAGACAACACCCCAGGCUCAAAUUCAGCUGCAUGCACAAGACACACAGAGACACACCCAGCUUGGUAUAUCACCCCAAACUUCACAGCAAGCCCAGGCUUGGCCCACAGUUCUUAGCCCCAGUAUACACAAGAAACAACAAGGCCAGGGUAAUGCCCCAAAUCCUCGCCAUGUCCCUGGGCAGAACGAGGUGUUUUCCCGAGCUCAGGCUAUGGCUAAGAGCAGGAUGAACAAGGCCAAACAGCAAUUACAGCAAUAUAUAGAGGAGGUCAUCACCAUUUUCAGCAGCACAAUCAUAUCUAAAGAGCAGGCCAGGAGGAAGCAGGGUGCAGUACGAAGGCUUAAUCCAGCCGUGUUAGAUGAAUUCCUCGGAGCUGUGGAAGGUGUAGGGGCCUUUUGUUCUGAAGUUCAGCUCGAAGACCUGGAAAAACUUUCUCUAUCUGUUAGAGCGCAGUGGGAGGAUGUCCGUUCAGCAAUAGAGUCCUUACUGCCAGAGUUGUGGCGAGAGGUUGAGCGAAGGCAGUCAAUUAAUGCCGCGCUUUUGAGGCAUGACAUAGACACUAACACAGAAAUCCCUGCUUGUUAUCCAGACCAAGUGUGCUGUGAACAGGCAUGCUCUUCAGUAGUGGAGCCCCAAGAGCGUCUAAAUGCACUUUAUGAGCUCAGUACUACUCUGAGUUCUCCAGCAAGCUCCUCUAUGACCACCACCCAAUUGACAGAGUGUGACAGCAAACUGGAGACUGUUUGCUACCAUGUUAGUUCAAGCAGCAAAACAGAACAAUGUCAGCACCGCAGGGAGGAAGCCCUAAGUAAAUCACCUGCACUGCCUGCUGACCAAACACUAAGCCAGGCUUAUUCACAGGUCAUUGUGCAUACUAACAAUAUGGAGACCAAACAAACAGCAGAGAGGACCAUCAUCCAUACUGUGGAAAAACAGGAUGUGGGAGAGUCCUUACAGGAAGCUCACAGGAGUUACCUGGUUGCCCGCUCAGCAUUUAAACAGAAGCUGCAGAUGAACAGUGAGCAGCUAAGCGCAGCUUUUCAUACAGACUCCAGUUUCUCACCUAUCACCAUUAACAAACACCUCCAAGAUCUCCAGGUUCUGAGACAGCAGACAGAGGCUUUAUGGUUUGAGUUCCAGAGCACUUUACUUAUGGAGGAUGACUACAUAGUUGAAAGAGACAGAUUAGAGCUCAUUGAGCAGUGGAGGGGACAGCAGAACUGCAUUCAUGCCAGAAUGAGGGUACUCAAGGGUGCUUUGGAGUUGUUGGAGCCAACUGAUAUUCGUAUCAAACAGAUCUCUAAUCAGCUGGACCAGAUUGUUGGAAAAACUUUGGACAUCACAGACUUUGCCCUUACUGAUUUCACAAAAAUAUGUGGAGACACGAAGCUGUUAGGGGAGCACAUUCAAAGUGAACUGAAGCUCCUUUCUGAGACAGAGAGUAAGCUGGCCAUCUCUGCAGGUUUGACUGAGUCUGAGCUUCAAACCCAACUGUCGCUACAGCAGAUCAUCCAGAACUGUACACAGAGCUUGCAGCUGCUGAACCAUCGACUGGCUGGAGCACAGUCAGUGCAUGGUGCCCUGGAACACUUCCUGAGUAGUUUACACCAGUUAAAUGACAUGGUUUCCACAAACGACAGCACAUAUUCAUUAACAGCAGCAUCAGACUUUACUUCUAGACUGACUUCCAUUAAGGAGAAGCUUCAGCAGGCUACACAACAAGCUACACGGAUUGAUUGUAUGCUGAAGGACGCUAAGAUGAGUGUUACUUUAGACAAGAAACCAGGCGGUUGUCAGGAUUUGGUGGCCAAGUGUGCAGCAAGGAUCAAGACUCUGGAAAUGAAAGGAGUACAAAGCAGCAAAGAAGAGGAGAAGAGAGAGCGGAUGCUGAGGAAGAAAAGGAAAGCCUUGCAGGUCACACUGAAUGAGGUGCAGGGAUCAGUGGAAAGACAGAGCUUGAAAGAGCUCAGUCUUCCUGCCCUGCAACACAGAAUGCGAUGUUUGACAGACAUGGAGAAUAAACUAGCUGCUGUGCACUCAGACAUCCAGAGUCUGUGGGACCCAUUUGCUCAAACAAACACUUUAAAGGAAGGCCUCAGAGAGCUCGAGGUCCAGUGGGAGGAGAUCCACAAAACACUGAAAGAAAGUCAAGAGGAAUGUCUUUCCCUGAUUGAGCUGCUGAAGAGGUUUCAGAGAUGCCGUGCCCAUCUUAACAACACCCUGCAGAUUAGCGAACGGACUAUAAGUGAGAAGGCUUCCUACAUGGGCAAAGACAGUCUGCAGCUUCUUAUCACCAAGGUAAACAACAUUAAAUCAGACCUAAGUUCACUUGGAGACGGUGUGGAGGAGUUUAGAGCUGUGUGCAGGCAGCUGCACACUCAGAUGCGAAAUAUUCCAGACUGUCCAGAGGCUCCAUUCGAGAGUGAGGCGGAUGCACUCAUGGAUCGGUGGCUAGAUGUGUGUGAAAGGACAGAAUGCCAUAUUGAGAAUCUGCAAAUCGGGUUAUCGCUCUGGGAUAAGCUUCUUUUCUUGGCCAAGGAGGUAGAAACUUGGACCAACAUCAAACUGCGGUCAUUUGCUCAAUCAAACCCUUUUCGGACAGAGCAAGAGGUUUUGCUAUGCAGGAGGAUCUAAGGUCACAGGAGGAAAAUUUAGAACAUUUUCAUCGCAGGUCUGCUGAGAUCAAGGAUAUUCUUCAAAGCAGUGAACCCCCCUUGGAGCUACAGGUGACUGAGAGUCAGCUGAGGAAGAGAAUGGACGAAGUGAAGGAGCU